ACAAGAGCUUGGAAACAUUUAUAGCAAAAGAAACUUCUAAAUAUUAUGAUCAAAUAGAUUUGAAAGCAAUAAAAGUAAUACAAGAUGCCGAGAGUACUGAGAUCGAUCAACUUAUAGAAAAGUGGGCUAAAGCUUUUAAAGAGGAACACAUGAGGUAUGCUGAAUUGGAGGAGCCAUCUGAAAGCUCUUCAUUUCCAGAAAUGUAUCAUAAACUCAUUCACUCUCCUGCACUUGAAACUAUGCUCAAUUUGGAACAUUCCUAUGCUCUAGCUGUUGGUGAGCUUGUUCAAGCUAAAGAUAAGGCAUUACAUGAACUUCAACAACGACAGUCUGAUGAAAUGGAGAGAGCUGUUCCAAAAGUUGGGAUAUCUUUGACAGAUAAAGAUAUAAAUGACAUGGCUACUCGGCACUUUACAGAAACUCAAAGCAUUACAGAUUUUUGGGAGCACAAAAUAAAUACAUUGAAAGAAACUCAGAAGAAAGAAUUUCAUGAAUGGGUCGUUAAAGUGCAUGAAGACUAUCAAAGUGGAUCUGGUUCUCCUGGAUAUCUACAAAGAGUUCGAGCACUUUCUGAAGCAGUUCCUAUAACUAAUGACAGUGACUGGACUCCCCAGCCACAAAGAAUGGAGGAAAGCUUUACCAUACAUUUAGGAUCUCAGCUUAAACUGAUGCAUAAUCUCAGACUGCUGUCUGCUGAUGUGCUCGAUCUCUGUCGACAUAAAUUAAACAAAGUCGGUGGAAUUGUUGUUCCUCAACCCCAAAGACUUCAGACUGCCAUAUCAUUAUAUUCCAACAAUUUAAGUGGUCUUGUAUUACUAGUUGAUAACAGGAUAAACUCUUAUAGUGGAAUAAAAAGAGAAUUUGCUGCUGUUUGUCAGAUGUCAACAGAAUUCCAUUUUGAAGAUAUUGACAAAGCAUUAGAAAUUAUUCGAGAAGAAGGGAAAAAAGUUGCUGAAUGGCGUGCUGCAAAUUCUUCCCAGGGUGACAGUAGUAGCCAGAGCAGCAGUGGAAGAUCUGGUGGAUCACCAUCAGAUUAUGCUCAAAAUAGAACAAGUUCUGUUACUCUCAAAACUGGAGAUUUUUACAUAACACGACAUUCUAAUCUUUCUGAAGUGCAUGUUGUAUUUCAUCUUGUCGUUGAUGAUACCUUAAGAUUGGCAGAUGUGAAUUCGAGGCAUCCAACUAUUUUAGGACUUAGAAAUAUCCUGCGAGUUGCUCACGAACAUGAUAUAUGCACUGUGACAAUACCUUUACUUCUUGUGCAUGAAAUGUCAGAAGAAAUGACAAUGCAGUGGUGCCUAAAGAGAGCAGAACUAAUUUUCAAAUGUGUGAAAGGAUUUAUGAUUGAAAUGGCCUCAUUAGUUGGAGAUGAGACGAGAACAGUUCAGUUUUUAGUGCCAAAGGGAAUUUCAGAAGAAUUAUUUUCAAGCCUGUCAAAUUUAUUACCAGCUAUAUUUAGGGUAUCCAACCCUCUUGUUCUAAAAUGAAAAUGUAUCUUCCUGUAAUAUUUUAAUUAGUAUAAAAUAAAAUGUAAAUAUUUGAAUUCUG